CCGACGGUCAUUAUGCCGAAGAGAAAGUCUUCAGAGAAUACAGAGGGCAAAGAUGGAUCCAAAGUAACUAAACAGGAACACAGAAGACGGUCUGCCAGAUUGUCCACAAAACCUGCUCCACUAAAACCUGAACCUAAACUAAGAAAAACAUCUACUAAGAAAGAACCUGGAACAAAGGUUAACAGAGGUGCUAAAGGGAAGAAGGAAGAAAAGCAAGAAGCUGGAAAGGAAGGCACAGAAAACUGAAUCUGUAGAUAAUGAGGGAGAAUGAAUUGUCACAAAAAGUUGGGGGUGAUCUUAUGUACCUCUUGGG